CGCAAGAGGCGGGGCUAGGCAGCACUGGGACUUGGGCAGCCCUGGGAUCCAGGGCCGCUUCUGGGGCUUGAGGCAGGGUAGGAGUGGGGCACUGGUGAUGGUGCCGGCGCUGCGUUACCUGGGCAGCGUCUACGGACGUGCCCGCGGGGCUUUCUCCGGAGGCUUCCUCGCUGCUGGCGCGCCCGCGCCAGGGAACCUCUGGCUGUUGUGCCAAGGUGGCCGCAGAGCCAGCACCAGCUCAUUUGAUGUAGUCAUUAUCGGUGGCGGAAUUGUGGGGCUUGCCUCUGCCAGAGCCCUCAUCCUGCGACAUCCAGCACUUUCCAUUGGUGUUCUGGAAAAGGAGAAGGAUUUAGCUAUUCAUCAGACUGGACAUAACAGUGGUGUCAUACAUAGUGGAAUUUAUUAUAAACCUGAAUCUCUGAAAGCUAAAUUAUGUGUGCAAGGUGCAGCCCUCAUCUAUGAGUACUGUAACCAAAAGGGGAUUUCCUACAAGCAAUGUGGCAAGCUUAUAGUAGCUGUUGAACAAGAAGAAAUUCCCAGACUUCAGGCGUUAUAUGAGAGAGGCCUGCAGAAUGGUGUUCAGGGCCUGAGGCUGAUCCAGCAGGAGGAUAUAAAAAAGAAGGAACCAUAUUGUAGGGGUCUAAUGGCUAUUGAUUGUCCAUAUACUGGCAUUGUGGACUAUCGGCAGGUGGCUUUGUCAUUUGCCCAGGAUUUCCAAGAAGCAGGUGGCUCUGUUUUAACCAGUUUUGAAGUAGAAGAUAUUGAAAUGGCUAAAGAAAGCCCUUCAAGAAAUAAAGAUGGGAUGAAAUACCCGAUUGUUAUAAGGAAUACUAAGGGAGAGGAGGUUCGUUGUCAGUAUGUUGUGACAUGUGCAGGACUUUACUCGGACCGUAUUUCAGAGCUGAGUGGCUGCAAUCCCAAUCCUCGAAUUGUACCAUUCCGGGGAGAUUACCUGCUCUUGAAACCAGAAAAACGUUAUCUUGUAAAAGGAAAUAUUUAUCCGGUCCCCGAUAGCCGAUUUCCUUUCCUAGGAGUUCACUUCACACCAAGGAUGGAUGGCAGUAUUUGGCUAGGGCCGAAUGCAGUUCUUGCCUUUAAACGCGAGGGCUACAGACCCUUUGACUUCAGUGCCAGAGAUAUUAUGGAUAUAAUUCUCAAGAGUGGCUUGAUGAAACUGGUGUUCCAGAACUUUUCCUAUGGAGUUAAUGAAAUGUACAAAGCCUGCUUUCUCAGUGCAACAGUGAAGCACCUUCAAAAGUUUAUCCCUGAAAUUACUAUCAGUGACAUACUUAGAGGUCCAGCUGGAGUACGAGCCCAAGCCCUGGAUAGAGAUGGAAAUCUCAUAGAAGAUUUUGUAUUUGAUGGAGGAGUUGGGGAUAUUGGAAAUCGCAUUCUUCAUGUGAGAAAUGCACCUUCUCCUGCUGCCACUUCUUCCCUUGCAAUUUCUGGAAUGAUUGCAGAUGAAGUGCAACAAAGAUUUAAAUUGUAAAUAAUGAAAGGAACUAGGUAUGCAUCUUAUUCUCCACGUUCAGUAAUAAGAAUGUACCAAUUGCAUUCUUUAAGAAGAUUAUUUAAAAAUAUCAUUUUUAGGUAUAUCAUUUAGAUAACCACUCAAUUUUUAAAGUGAUGUAAAGUGAAAAUAAUAAUUUUUUUAAAUCCAUGCUCUUUUAAAAGAUACAGUUGUAUCUGACCUGAAUUCCUGAUUUUGUUAAUGGCUUGUCCUCACCAACCAUGAGCCAGACAUUUGGCUUUUUUGGAAUUUCUGGGAGUGACAGUAUGAAAAAGUGAUUAUUCCCUUAAUGUUUUGGCUUUGUAAUAUCUAAGCCUUUUUGUCUUUCCUAUACAAGAAAAUAGAUUAUAUUGUAGAUUACAGACCUCCUUUUAAUUUUGAAGAGUCUUAGAAAAGCUCACAUUAUUUAGAGCAACAACUUCUGUAUUUGGGAAUUUAAAAUUCUUCAUUUAAAAAAUACAUGAAAUUUAAUAUCUUGAAGUAGUUUAAGAUUCUAUCUUAUCUGUAUUUGUAAAAAAUUAACUUUGCAAAAGGAACUCAAAAGCCUUUAUUAUUCCCAGUUUCUUUAAAACUGACUUGGUCUGGUGUCAUCACUAAAUCUAAAUAGCUGUCCACUAUGAGUGCUUUGCCUAUUCUCUAGUCCUCGGUGGUUGAGAAACUAAAAGAACUUAGAAUCCUGACACUGACAUACAGAAUGCUGUAAAUUAAAAUAGCAUUUAACUCUUA